CCAGUGUUGUGGCUCGGGGCCGCCAGGCAGCAGAAGGAGCGGGUGCGGCGACAGGUGCGGAGCGAAGGUAGCCGAGUGUCGGCCCUGAGGCCGCGGCGAUGCCCGCGGUGCAGCAGACAGUGUCCGAGAUCCGCUCGCGGGCUGAGGGCUAUGAGAAGACAGAUGAUGUUUCAGAGAAAACUUCACUAGCUGAUCAAGAGGAAUUGAGAGCUAUAUUCAUCAAUCAGCCUCAGUUAACCAAGUUCUGCAAUAAUCAUGUCAGCACUGCAAAAUACAACAUAAUCACAUUCCUGCCAAGAUUCCUUUAUUCCCAAUUCAGAAGAGCUGCCAAUGCAUUUUUUCUUUUUAUUGCAUUACUUCAGCAAAUUCCAGAUGUAUCCCCAACCGGUCGUUAUACAACCUUGGUUCCUCUUUUGUUUAUUUUAGCUGUAGCAGCAAUCAAGGAAAUCAUUGAAGAUCUUAAAAGGCAUAAAGCUGAUAAUGCAGUAAACAAGAAACAGACACAAGUAUUGAGAAAUGGUGCUUGGGAGAUUGUCCACUGGGAAAAGGUGGCAGUAGGGGAAAUAGUGAAAGUGACCAAUGGGGAACAUCUCCCAGCUGAUCUCAUCAGUCUUUCAUCAAGUGAACCACAAGCCAUGUGCUACAUAGAAACAUCAAAUCUAGAUGGUGAAACAAAUCUAAAAAUUCGACAGGGUUUGCCAUUGACAUCAGAUAUAAAGGACAUUGACAGCUUGAUGCAACUUUCAGGCAGAAUUGAAUGUGAAAGCCCAAAUCGCCAUCUCUAUGAUUUUGUUGGAAAUAUCAGACUAGAUGGGCAUGGUACGGUUCCACUGGGAUCUGAUCAAAUUCUUCUACGGGGAGCUCAGUUAAGAAAUACACAGUGGGUUCAUGGAAUAGUUGUAUAUACCGGACACGAUACAAAACUUAUGCAGAAUUCAACAAGCCCACCUCUUAAACUAUCCAACGUGGAACGAAUUACAAACAUUCAGAUCUUGAUUUUGUUCUGUAUCCUUCUUGCCAUGUCUUUGAUUUGUUCCAUUGGUUCAUCUGUAUGGAAUCGAAGGCAUACUGAAAGAGACUGGUAUAUCAGUCUAAACUAUGGUGGCGCUAACAAUUUUGGACUGAAUUUCUUGACCUUUAUUAUUCUCUUCAAUAAUCUCAUUCCAAUCAGCUUAUUGGUUACACUGGAAGUUGUUAAAUUUAUCCAGGCAUAUUUCAUAAAUUGGGAUAUAGACAUGCACUAUGAACCUACAGAUAAUUCUGCUAUGGCUCGUACAUCCAAUCUCAAUGAAGAACUUGGCCAGGUCAAAUACAUAUUUUCUGACAAAACUGGUACUCUGACUUGCAACGUAAUGCAAUUCAAGAAGUGUACUAUAGCAGGAGUUGCUUAUGGCCAUUGUCCUGAACCUGAGGAUUAUAGUUAUUCUUCAGAUGAUUGGCUGGGGUCACAAAAUGGAGACGAAAAAGCAUUCAGUGAUUCAUCAUUGCUGGAAAAUCUCCAGAGCAAUCAUCCAACUGCACCUAUCAUUUGUGAGUUUCUAACAAUGAUGGCAGUUUGUCAUACAGCAGUUCCAGAAAGAGAAGGUGAUACAAUUAUUUAUCAAGCAGCAUCUCCAGAUGAGGGAGCAUUGGUCAGAGCAGCCAAGCAUCUUCGAUUUGUAUUUACUGGAAGGACACCUGACUCAGUAAUCGUCGAUUCUCUUGGUCAGGAAGAAAGAUAUGAAUUACUAAAUGUGCUGGAAUUUACAAGCACUAGGAAAAGAAUGUCUGUGAUUGUUCGUACACCAAGUGGGAAAUUAAGACUCUAUUGCAAAGGAGCUGAUACAGUAAUUUAUGACCGUCUUGCUGAAAGUUCAAAAUUCAAGGAAAUUACCUUAAAACAUUUAGAGCAGUUUGCUACAGAAGGUUUAAGAACUCUAUGUUUUGCUGUGGCUGAGAUUUCAGAAAGUGAUUAUCAAGACUGGCUAGAUGUGUAUCACCGAGCUUCAACAUCCAUACAAAACAGAGCACUAAAACUUGAGGAAAGUUAUGAACUAAUUGAAAAAAAUCUUCAGUUGCUUGGCGCUACAGCCAUUGAAGACAAGCUACAAGAUAAAGUGCCUGAAACUAUAGAAACUCUAAUGAAAGCAGAUAUAAAAAUUUGGAUUCUUACUGGGGAUAAACAAGAGACUGCUAUCAACAUUGGUCACUCGUGUAAACUUUUGAAGAAGAAUAUGGGACUGAUAGUAAUAAAUGAAGGUUCUCUUGAUGGAACAAGAGAGAUCCUAAGCCAUCACUGCAGUAAUCUUGGUGAUGCUUUGAGGAAGGAAAAUGACUUUGCUCUUAUAAUUGAUGGCAAAACUUUGAAGUAUGCUUUGACAUUUGGAGUAAGACAGUAUUUCCUGGAUUUGGCUUUGUCAUGCAAAGCUGUUAUUUGUUGCAGGGUGUCUCCUCUUCAGAAAUCUGAAGUUGUAGAAAUGGUUAAAAAACAGGUUAAAGUAGUAACACUAGCAAUUGGGGAUGGAGCAAAUGAUGUUAGUAUGAUACAGACAGCGCACGUUGGUGUUGGUAUUAGUGGAAAUGAAGGACUACAGGCAGCUAAUUCUUCAGAUUACUCAAUCGCACAGUUCAAGUAUCUAAAGAACUUGUUGUUGGUUCAUGGUGCCUGGAACUAUAACAGGAUAGCUAAAUGCAUCUUGUACUGUUUCUACAAGAAUAUCGUCCUUUAUAUUAUUGAGAUCUGGUUUGCUUUUGUUAAUGGCUUUUCUGGACAAAUUCUAUUUGAGAGAUGGUGUAUAGGUCUUUACAACGUGAUGUUUACAGCUAUGCCUCCACUGACUCUUGGAAUAUUUGAAAGAUCCUGCCAAAAAGAAAAUAUGCUAAAAUAUCCUGAGUUAUAUAAGACUUCUCAAAAUGCUCUGGACUUUAACACAAAGGUUUUCUGGCUUCAUUGUUUAAAUGGCCUCUUCCACUCAUUUAUUCUGUUUUGGUUUCCACUAAAAGCCCUCCAAGAUGGUACUGUUUUUGGCAAUGGUAAAACAUCAGACUACCUACUUUUGGGAAACAUUGUUUACACUUUUGUGGUGAUAACUGUGUGUUUAAAAGCUGGGUUAGAGACCUCGUAUUGGACAUUGUUUAGCCAUAUAGCAAUAUGGGGCAGCAUUGCACUUUGGGUAGUAUUUUUUGGAAUCUACUCCUCUUUGUGGCCCAUCAUUCCUAUGGCACCUGAUAUGUCAGGAGAGGCAGCUAUGAUGUUCAGCUCUGGAAUGUUUUGGAUGGGCCUUUUAUGUAUACCUAUGACAGCUUUGCUCUUCGAUGUAAUAUACAAAGUAAUCAAGAGAGCUAUUUUUAAGACUCUAGUAGAUGAAGUUCAGGAAUUAGAAGCAAAGUCUCAAGAUCCAGGAGCAGUUGUACAUGGCAAGAGCUUAACUGAAAGAGCCCAACUACUGAAGAAUGUCUUUAAGAAAAAUCACGUGAACUUGUACCGCUCUGAUUCUGUGCAGCAAAACUUACUUCAUGGCUAUGCUUUCUCUCAAGAUGAAAACGGAAUAGUUUCCCAAUCUGAAGUAAUAAGAGCUUAUGAUACCACAAAACAAAGACCAGAAGAGUGGUGAAGGAGCACAGCUUGAAAUAUAGGGCCCUAAUAAUCACUUCCAUAAUACAAACUACUAAAUCUUUGCUGGGAUCUAUUACCAAGGUCUAGUCUCAGAGAUUAUAGGAAGAUCUUUGUUGAUCUUGUUCCAUCCAUUUGGAUUUGUGUAUUCAAUAGACAUAAGCACUGUGCAACUAUACUGUAACACACCAUCCCUCUAAACUUUUUAACAAGUAUUUGCUUAGUCUUUGUAACAGAGAUUGAAAAUUACCUUGUAUAUUGCCAGAGUGCUUAUUUAUAAUGAGGCUGAAUCAGUAUUGUUCAUAUACCAUAAUACUUGGGAGAUAAUUAAUGGCCAGAUUACCAAACAUACUAUUGACAGAUCAUUAAUAUUUGUGUAGGUCUGUAAGUGGUUAUAAAGUACAACUGGUAAUGAGCCUUUCAUUUCAACAAGUACUGAAUAACCAGCAUUUAAUGGUGUUAUUUCACCUUCACUUAGGUAAGAUUUCAAAAUCAAGGCAUUUACAGGUGUUCGUGUCAAACUAACCUAAAAGAAUGUUUGCCAAAGAAGUUCCAUAUAUGUUUUUCUGUCUUCAGACAUAAUUUAUAAAGACAUUUAAAAGGAAGGUAACUCAAGUCCUGAUGUCAGAACUGCAUGCUUGAUUCUCCAUACUUGGGAGAAAAUUUUACAGUGGAACGAGCCUAAUUCAAGUUGCCUUGAUGGCACUUGCUUUUAAAUCUGUGAUACUUUGCACCUUUGGCCUUAUACAAACUUUUCCUUUUAUUUUAUUGUUCAGUCAGUAAUAUAUGUGUUUAACAUGCUGCCAUCUUUUGGUAUGGGAUGCAUAUUGCUGUUUUGUUAAAUUAGACAAAUAUUAUACUCUGCCUUAUCUCCCUUCAUCAUAAUUUAGACUGUUUUGCAAUGCUUCUGAUUUGUAUACAUCUGAUCCUAGUAUAAUUUCAAUAGAAAGUUUUUCCAAUUCAUGAAAACAAAUGAAUUAUUUGUGGAAAUUUCACCAUUUUUAUACUAAAGUUAUCUGAACAAAAGAGCAAUGCAUAACAUUAGCAUUGUAUGAUAUAUGCUGUCCAUUUGUACUAAAGGCCUCUCCUGUUACAAACCCAAAUAUGCUGAGCAGCUACCUUCUUUACACAACUAAUCAGUCAUGUGGCAAACCCACACAUUUCCACCUUUUAAUAGAAAUUUACAGGAAAAAAACCCCAACCGUUUUUCCACAUGUUGGUAAGCUUUUUGUUUCCUAUCAGAAAAAGAAAAUUGCUAUAAUAAAAUUUUGAAGAUUUAAUUUUAUUUGGCCUUUCUAAAACAACCAAUAGCCAUCUAUCUUCUAACAAAGUGCUGUCUGCUUAUGAUGAUAGCAAAUCAGAGUUCAGUUUAACUUUGUAAGAUAUCAGUAUUUCUUUAAUCCUGAUUUAAAAGCCACUGAAUUCAAUUUUAAUAUGUUUUAUUGGUUAACAAAUUAAUUUGUUUAACCAAUGUUUUAUUGGUUAAGUAACAUUUUACUUAACUUUCUGACUGGUAAACUAAGUAAGAGAGAGACUUUUUUUGGAAAGAGGGUGAGAUAUAUAUGAGACUAUCAAUGAUUUUUCCCCCUAUUCAGGAUAAUUAUUUCUUAAUCAUUUUGCCUUUCCUAAAUCAUUCAAUCUAGAUAUUAAAUAACAAGCCAUACUUGCUUUCAUCUAUGUUCCAUAUCCUUGACUAGUUAUAUGCUUCUUAAAGCCAACUUUACUCCCCUUGCCUUUCAGACUAAUGCACCCUCCAUCCUGCUGCACUAUACAAUUUUCUUAUCCCUUAUUCUGAGAAAAUGUACAAAUUACCAUUGUAUGUCAAAGCACCAAGGAAGACACAAUAAAAAAAGUACAUAAUUAGUAGGACAUAUAGAUGGUACAGCCCUCCACAUUUCGUAUGUAUGUUAUGCGCUGUUGUCGUCUUUUCACUUUCCUUGAGUGAUCUUUAAACACAGGAGAAAAUAGAAAAUGUGGAGACAAAGAAAAUCUAUCCCACUAGAAACAGUAAUGCUAGUCAGUCAUGCAGACAAGAGCCGCCUUCAGAAAAGCCAUUUCAGGCCUAGAUAAAUAGAUGGAUCAAUAUGGGAGGGCCAAACCACUUGACCUAAGGCAAGAAAAAAUUUGGGGGCAUGCCCCCUUUCUAUAGUGUAGACCCCUAUUUUUUGUCAUCCUUGGGACAAUGACCAACCUCAACAAAUUUCUGAAAUGAACCAUGACACCAUCAUCCUUUUACAAUCUUUCAGUGUACUAUUAUAAAACAGCUUGGUCUGUGCAUACCUCCUUUUAUAAGUAAUUAAAAAAAUCCCUUUUCUGUUAUAAAGAGCAGAAACAUUGAUUUGGCAGAAAUUAUGUAAGGCAUAGAACACUGAUGUAAUCCAUUGUAUUAUAAUGAAAUUUACAAGGUCAUUCUUCCUGUUUUUACCUUCCUAUAAAAUAAAAUAGGUGUCAGUUACCAGAAUGCUACAUGUUCAGAUGCCCUGCAUACCUGUGGUUGGUAACAAAAAUAUCACAUGCUGCCAUUCAGUUUAUUCUUUACUGUUAAAAAGAUAGAGCUAUUGGCACAUCAGGUUAAGGUCCUAGACUCGGACUGAAAUACUGGUUGAUGGGGUUGCAUUCUAACAGUACAGCUUUGUUUCCAACGUGAGAAUAAUCACACCACCAUCUGAGUCAUUCUUAUGUUUUUGACAUGUUCUAAUUUGAAAUGAUCAUCCACAAAACAUAUUUUAGAAUUCUUCCACUUUGGAUAUGUAUUUUUAUCAGUUUAAACAACUACUUUGGAUAUAUUUUCAUAUGCACUGGAUGUUGAUUUUAGUCCGCUGGGGAUCAAUAGUGAGAUAAUAGCACUUCUUAGAAACCUGGAAAAAAUACUGUCAAUUGUACACAAGGUUUUGAUUGAUUAUGCAAUUCCACUUCAAAAUAUAAGAUCACCUCAGUAAUGUGGACCCAUGUAAACCAGACUUUUAAAAAUCAGGUCAGGUAUACAGUACACACAGUACUUGCAUAUUGUUAAGUGCACAGUGAGAUGGUAUACUAACCACAUAGUACACUAACGGGCACACUGUGAGCCUGUUAAAAUGAGACACUGGGUGUGCAGAUAUUUAUUUUAAAGAAAAAUAUUUCAGUCAAAUGACAGUAGCUAAUGAUAAUGCAUUUAUUAUGAUCACUUAAACCUUCAAUUUAGUGUUAAUAAAAUCCAGUAUGGGAUUCACAUGGUAAUUUGCCAUCUGCAUCAUGUGCAUGCAUAACAAUUACAAGCUAACAUUAAAAUUCUUUCAAUUCUUUCAAUUAAUCUAAGAUAGUGCCAGUCAAAAAUCAAUAGAUCUUAUCUACACAGUGUUAUUUUAAUUGCUAUAAAAAUAUAACCCGUCCCUUUGAAUAAUAAAGUAAUUGGUAACACAUUUUAAUAAGCCUAGUGAUCAUUUGUAUGUGAACUUUCUUCUGCCAUUUCCAGAUGUUAGGCUUAUUUUUACAAAACAACUUCAACAGAUUUAUAGUUAAUCUAUUUGUAUAAAAAUUAUUAAAGAAAAUAUUUUGAGAGUAAUAGGUAGCUGAAGAUUCGUGUAAGUCCAUAAAAUCCACACAGUCAUAAAAACAUCAUUUACAAAAUGCCAAGAGGUUUCCUUCAGUGCAUUUUAAUUAAUGUUGAAUUACUAAUAAUUUGGACUGUGUGUUAAAAUUUGAGGAUGGGAAAUUAAGUAUUUCCCCUUUUCUUUUAUAUCUUGAUUUAUCUCCUGAGUAAAAGCACCUGUUGUUUUGAUGAGUUUAUCAUUCUGUCUGCAUGAGUUAAUAUUUUUAAGGUGUUCUGCGGUAAUGCAUGAUUGUUACUGUUGUCAUUUUCAUGCCCUCGUCUAUAGGCUUGCAUCAUAAUAUAUCCAGAAAUUAGUGAUCUGUAAGCAAAUGAAUUGGUCAGUUCAAUUUUGCUAGUCUUGGGUGUGUUCUUUCUAGCAAAGCUCUCAACAACUGAGAUUUUUCCAGUUUGUUCUCUGAAUGUUGACAGAUACAUCUUCAUUAAACAAAGAAUCUUUUAGCAUUCCAAAACUUAUUCCCAGUCCUGCAAAUCCUUACUCACAUUGGCUUCAAGGAACUGUACUUAUAUGAAAGUGGACUACUUGGGUGUGUAAGAAUUUGCAAGAUUGAGCCCUUUGGGUUUGAUAUUUUGAAUUUAAUGCAAGCUUUUCCAUGUAUACAAUAACUUGUAAUUAUAAAGCUGUGACCAGAAUACGUAAAAAUAAAAUCAUGUUUUACUGUGUUCCUUUAGAAUAGAAGCCAUAAAUGCAUUAGUAUUGUUUUUUUCUACUGCAACUUAAUUUUUCAUGAAGUAUUUCAUGUUUAAUAUGUAUUAACUUCCAUAAAAGGUAGUCACUAUGUAAAAUCAAGGUUUGCAUUCAAGGUAAGUUUAGGAUUCUCCAGCUCCACUGAACCAUUACUGCUAAAUCUGUUGUGGAAAUUGUGAAGCUGCAUGAAUGAAGACUUUUUGAUUCAGUGUUUAUGGUAGUUUUCCUCAGGUUUAGUUAAAUAACUGGAUGUUAAAUGCACUGUGUUUUAUAAAUGGUUAACUUUCAGCAAGACAUUCAGUUCUAGGCAGUGUUACAUGUCAUUGGCAUUUGAUGAAUGUGCAUGUUUUGAACUGCAAAUUUUAAAUGUUUUGUCUUAAUUGUUAUUAAAAUAUUGAAUAAACUUUGCCAUUAAAUAAGUAA